AUGGAAAAUAAACAAUCUCUAUUACAUACUGAUGAUGAUUUAAAAUCAAUAAGAACAGUAGCAGAAGAAACAACAGAUGAUCAUCAAAAACAAGAAGAAAUAGAUAAAAACAUGCAAAAUAAUAAUUCAACAUCUGAAACAGAACAGAAAAAUAUAGUUAAUGGAAUUAACAAUGAUGAUGCUUUAAUGAAUACUAGUCUACCAAUAGUAACUUCUGAUAAAGAACAACAAAAAGAGGCAACAGAACCAACAGUAAAUAAUGAUGAAAAUGAAACCCGUUCGAAAAAGUCAUGGAAUCCAAAGGUCAAAUAUUCACCGAUGCCGUAUCAUCGAUUUCCCUACUAUACGAAUGGUCAUCCAUAUGGUGCGCCAGCACCCUACUAUUAUUAUUCACUACCAACACUUGAAAAACCGACACCAUUAAUGUUUGUUUCAACACAACAACCAUCAUCAUCAUCUUCAUCACCGACAUCACGAGAUACUCAUACAAAUAAUUCAGUAGCAGUAUCACCACAAAAUCUACCACCACGUUUGAGGCAAACAUCAACAACUGAAACUGAAUCGACUUCACAAGUAUCAUCGACUACGCCACCAAAUUCACAACCAUCAACAACAACGACACCAGCAACAAAUGGUCGUCGUCAUCGUAGUAUUUUACCACGUGGUCUUGGAAGUUAUUAUUCACAUCCACCACCACCUUUAAUGGCUACACCACCCGGUGUUCUUUAUCCAUAUCCACCUGCCGUCCAUCCACCAGGCCAUAUUGCAUAUAAUAUUCGACCACCAGAUGAAUUAGAAUUCUAUGCUUUUCAACAACAAAUAAUGAAUUUACCACAAACAUCAGUUAUUUGGCCACCAACACAUGCAGGAUUACCACCACAUGGUCAUCCUCAAUUUGCACCAUAUGCAAUGAAUGGAUUACCACCUCCAUACAUGUUUAAUAAUUCGGUAAUGACUCAACCAGCAAAUUCAUUUUUAAAUCCCGACGCAGCUGAAUGGGUCCCAUCACAUAAUGAUAAUGAUAUACCAUCAUCGUCAUCAUCAUCAUCGGAUAAGAAUAUUUUAAUUGAUGAUGAAAUUAAUUUUCCACCAUUAAAUAGCACAACAAAUAAUACUCAUAUAAUACCAACACCUAUUAAAGAUCAUAUAGAAGAUAAUUCUGAACACAUAGAAACUACAUCCGAAACUAUUUCAACGAAUGAUAAUACUACAAAUGAUAAUACACCAAUAUUAACAGAUAAUACAAACAUAUCAACUCAAUCUACUUCAAAAAUCGAAUCAUCAAAUAUUUCGUCGUCUAGUCAAGAUGAUAAUAAUAAAUCAUCAUCAUCAUCAUCGUCUCCAGUUAAAAUAGCACCAAUAUCAUAUUCAACAAUCAUUUCAAAAACAUCUGAAAAUAAUAAAACAAAAAAAAAUAAUAUUAAUAAUCAAUCACAAGUUCGUCAGCAGCAACAACAGCAACAACCAUUAACAAAUCAUACUCAUAAUCAAUUACCACCAAGAGAUCGAAUCAUAAAACAACAACAACAACAACGAAUACCAACUAAUUCAUCAUCUCCUUCAAAUUUCAAUUCUCGUCAACGUCAACCAUUGAAAAAUAAUCGACCUAUGACACGAAAUCUUCUUCCAACUGAAUCAAUUUCUCUUUCAAAACAACAACAACAACCACAAACACCACCAUCACCACCAAUAGCUGAUGAUUGGAUUGAAGUUAAAUCUAAAAAAACAAAAAAAUUCGAUCGUAAUUUCAAUGAUAAUUCAACAGAAAAAUUCAUAUUAGAUGAACAAAAACAUAAAUCUGUCUCACCACCAUUAUCAUUAACAUCAACUGGUGAUAAUACAACAGCAACAUUUACAUCGGAAGAUGAUUAUGAUGAUAAAGAUAAUCAAGAUCUUGUUAUUAUUAUGAAUAAUGAUGUUUCAAAUGACUAUAAUCAAAUUAUUAUCGAUGAUAUACAUAAUCGACUUGAUAAUAAUGAACGAUUACUAAUAAUUAUGCGAGGAUGUCCUGGUUCAGGAAAAUCAACAUUAGCUAAAUCGCUCAAUCAUGGUUAUAAUGGUGUAAUACUUUCUACAGAUGAUUAUUUUAUAGAUCGUAAUUUAAAUAGAUAUGUCUUCGAUUUAAAUAGACUUGAUGAUGCACAUCGAUAUAAUCAUCGACGAGCAUCGGAUGCAUUUAAACGAAAUAUAUCUCCGAUUAUUAUUGAUAAUACAAAUACACAAACAUGGGAAAUGAAACCAUAUGUUUCAAUGGGUAAAGAUGCUGGUUAUGAUAUUCUUCUAAUUGAACCUCAAACUCCAUGGCGUUAUAAAGCUCGAGAAUUAUUCAAACGAAAUUGUCAUAAUUUACCAAUGAAACGUAUAAGAGAUAUGUUAAAUCGUUUUGAAUAUAAUAUUACAGCUCAAAAUAUAAUUGAUCAACUUUCAUCAACAGCAAAAUCAAAUAAUAAUAUUCUUUCAUCUGAACAGGAAAAUGUGCCUGAAGAUAAUGAAAUUACUGAUCCAUUGAUGACAUCAAAAAAAUUCUACGAUACUAUUGAUGAUUCUCUUAUACUUGAUGAUGUACGUCUUUGUAUAAAUGAUAUGAUUUUAUUUUUAACAUCAAACUUUUAUCAAACAACAUUAUUAUCAUCAGCAUUAACAUUACCAACAACAACGACAACAACAACAUCAACAUCACCGAUAUCAACACCAUUAUCUGUUUCAUUUUAUGAUUUAUCACUCAUAUCACCAACAUCACCAUCACUACCACCAACACCUUCAACACCACAUUCACGUUUUCAUCGUCCAUUAGGACGUUUUCCUUCAACAAUAAAUCAAGAUCAUUCAUUUAAUUCUGAACAUAUUUUACGAUUACCAUCAACAGCAUUUUCACGUUAUAAUGAUACAACAAAUUUAACACCACCUUUAUCAACACAAUCAAGUCUUAUUGCAAAAAAACGACAAAAAAAGAAGAAUAAACAAGAAUCCAAUGAACUUGUCUUAAAUACGAAUAAUAAUAACAAUAAUAAUAAUUAUAUCAUUGAUGAAGAAAAUAUUUUAUUACAACAACAAACUUUUAAUGUUUUUCUUCCUGAAGAUUGUUCAGAUUUUAUCGUUAUUGAUGAACAAGAUAAUAAUGAUUGGAUUGAUAAUGAUAGUAGAAAUUUUAAUAUACAAAUGAAUUCUCUCGGGGAUCAUUCAUCAACAAAUCCUUAUAAACAAAAUCAAUUAGUUAAUUCAAAAACUAAUGAAUUAUUAAAUAUUAUUCAUAAAGAAUUAAAUAAACCUUCUCAUCAUCCGUCCGUAUCAACAAAACAUAUCGCUAUACAAUGUUCAUCUGAUGAUUUUAAUACAGAUCCAUCGGAUUUGAUUUUAAUUGGUCAUCAUGUAUCAUCUCCGAUAGAAACAAUCAUAACACCAUCAAUUCCACCACUUCCAGGUUAUAAUGAAUGUGGUAUUCAAGUUGAUUUAAAUGAUAAAAAUCUUGAUUUAUUAUAUGGGAUCUAUUCAAAUCAUUUAUCAAAUGAAAUAAUUGAACAAUUUUAUGAAAUUUGUCAUCAAGAUAUUGAAUAUACACGUACACAAAUUGAUGAAUAUCUUCAAUUUAGUAAUCAAAAUAAAGUUCAUAUUCCAACAUUACAACAAUUAAGUUUACAUACUUUAAAUCAAUGGAAUGAACAAAUUAAAUCAAUAAAUCCAUUAUUUGAUACAAAAUCUAUUAAUGAUUUACUUCAAGAUAUAAACGAUGAUGAUGAAAGAUUAGAAGAUUUAACAAUUAAUAAUACGAAUAAUGAUACAAAUAUUGAAUUUAAUGAUUUAAAUCAUAUAAAUAUACCUUGGUCAAUUUUAAAUUCAUUAGAAGAAUUAUAUGGAGAAAUACCUAAUAGAUCAAUGAUAUUAUCGAAUAAUAAUAGUAUUUCAUUACCAGUUGAUAAUGAACUAUCAAUAAGUAUUUAUCAAGCAUUACAAAGACAUUUAAUUAAAUCAAAUCAAAUAAUAGAACCGGUGAUUGAAAAUAAGAAAAAGAUAGAUAAUACAAACAAUCAAAAAUGGAUAUUACCAUCAUCAAAUAAGCAAUUAAAUUCAAAUGUUAAGACUAAUAAUAAUAAUAAUAUUCCAUCACUGAAACAAAUUAUGAAAGAAGAACAACAAGCAAAUAAAUGUCAAAAAUCAAAACAGAAACAUCAACUUGAUUAUGUUACUGAACAUAAAUUAAAAGAACUUCAACGUCAUUUUCCAUCAUUUGAUAGUGAUCUUCUUCAUGAUAUAUUUCGUGAAAAUGAAUAUAAUUAUGAUAUUACACUUGUAUGUAUAUCUACAAUGCUUGAUGAUAAUGCAGAUAUAACGACUAUGCAUCAACCUCAAUCAGUUUCAUCUUCCCGUCCUAUAUCAACAAUAAAACCAAUUGUUGAACCUGUUCUUGAAUCUUAUGAGAUUUUACGGCAAGAUGCACUUCAUCAUGCACAACAACGUAAAGAAUUAUAUGCAAAAGCUCAUCAAGCAAAUCGUUAUGGAAUGUGUGGUGUUGCAUCAUUUUAUAUUCAUCGAGCUAGUGAAGAAAAUCAAUUAAUGAAAGAUGCUAAUCGAGCUGCAUGUGAACGUUUAUCACAAUGGAGACUUACGCAAUUCUAUCAAACACAACAGCUUGAUCUUCAUUGUUUACAUUCCGAUGAAGCAUUGAAUUUAUUUAAACAAAUAGAACAAGAAUAUAAUGAAAAAAAUCGUAAAACAACACCAAAAUCUAUUCAUAUUAUAACAGGUUACGGAAAAAAUUCUAUUUAUGGCGGUGGUCAUGGAAAAAUACGCUCAGUUAUUCUUACUUAUUUAAAACAACGAAAUUAUAAAUACUCAGAACCAAAUAAAGGUGUAAUUCUAUUGCAAUUAACAAAUGCAAAAAACUAA